AUGGAGCCGGUUUUCGAUAUCCCCGACUCAACAGAUUGGCUCAGCACUCCUCUUUCCGGCCUCUCUCGUGUCGAAUCCGCCCUCCGCUGCCAGGUCUGCAAAGACCUCUUCAAGAACCCCGUGACAACAUCGUGCUGCCACACGUUCUGCUCAAUAUGCAUACGACGAUGUCUAUCCGCUGACGGGAAGUGUCCCACUUGCAGAGCAGAUGACCAGGCUGUGAAGCUGCGACAAAAUUGGGCGGUGGACGAAGUGGUUGAUUCGUUCAGACAAGUGCGAGGAGAUCUUCUAGGAUUUGCAAGGAAUCUUUCGGCGGGACCCAACAGCGAUAGUAGAGAGGCUAGGAUCCCGAAAAAACGGAGAAUAGAGGAGAUGCAAGAUGCGACUUCACAAGAGAACGGGAGGAGCCCUCCGAAAACUCGAUCGCAAAGCGCGUGGCGAAAUAAUGGGGCAUUAUCUACAUCUAGCACUCCAAUGGUCAUUGAUAAUAGCGAGGAUGAUGAUUAUCAGCCUGAUGAUGGCCUCGUUGCAUGCCCAAUCUGCAACCGAAGAAUGAAAGAAGAAGCAGUAUUCCCACAUCUUAACAGAUGCCCUGGCCCUUCGUCACAAAAGGAGCCACAGCCCAAUCGUCCCCGCAAAACCCCGUCCUCCAACAAACCCCCAGAACGCCUCCCUACGAUUAAUUAUUCUGUGAUGAAAGACACUGACAUGCGGAGAAAGUUGAGAGAACUCGGAAUCCCCGAGUUCGGGCCAAGACUACUUCUCCAAAAGCGGCACACCGAAUGGCUGAAUCUGUGGAAUGCCAACUGUGAUUCCAAGAGCCCCAGAUCCAAACAAGAGUUGCUCCGUGAAUUGGAUAUUUGGGAGCAGACUCAGGGGAUACGAUCCAGAGAUCAGACGAACUCCAUCAUGAAAAAGGACUUUGAUGGAGCUGCCUGGUCAGCUGCACAUGGAGACGAUUUCAGGAAGCUUAUUGAGAGCGCUCAGAAGAAACGUGAAUCGCGGGUUGCUCCCGCCUCUGAAUCGCUUCCAGCAAGUAAACAACUUUCGACGGAGACCGCAGAUCCCCAGGAUCCUCAGAUUGGAGAUAGCAAUGCCCCGGGUAACGAGAGUCCUGAUAAGAUAGACCAUCAUACCCCUGCGGAUAGCGGUCCCGACUCCCAACCUGGAAUGGAGGGCGGAAGUCAGAGAAUUGUCGUUGAAGACACUACCGCAUGA